AUGCACCUCUCAUCGAACGAGGCACUGGCUCGUCUGGCUGGAAGAAGUGAGGAAACAUGGUCAAUCCUGGAGAAAUCAAUGGAGGAGUUGGUGAAGAGAGUGAACAUCCCAAUCAACAGUACGACGCCUCCGGCACUUCAAGAUGCGAUUCGGCAUGACCCAUUCCAAUCCGCUGGAAAAUAUGGCCUCUUGUUUGUCUAUGUGGGCAUCAUUCUAGUGGUUAUAUCCACCUUGAUGCGCAUGUAUUAUUACUGGGGCGACAAGAUCCGCACGGCGCUUUACAAAGAAGAAUUCAUCAAUUCGGCCUCCGCUUCAAGCCCGCCGGCAUUCUCUCCUCACUUUGGAUAUGCCGGAUAUCCUGGUUAUGCUGAGAACGAGUUGCCUAGCGCAAUGAGUGCGAACACCGAAGGCUCGACAAGACAUUUCUUCCCGACGAAAGGUCCACUGACAACGGAGAAACCAAACCAGCAGGCAGCGGUGUCAGCCAUUGCACCGCUCAACAACACCAUCGCCUUGUUCAGAUGGAUCUUCUACCGGCCCAUGCCAGCUCUUCGCUUGGGACGAUAUACUUUCACCUUCCCCGCCCUGGGAGUGCUGGUUAUCAUGACCAUAUGUCUAGCGGCCGCGUUACUCUACUGCUUCCUGCCUAAACCGCUCUUCUACUCAUCCAUGGCUUAUGGAUCCCCUCCUCUCGCAGUCCGAGCUGGCAUGAUGUCUGUCUCGCUGCUACCCUGGGUUGUGGUUCUGGCUACCAAAGCAAAUCCCAUCUCGAUGUUGACCGGGAUUGGACACGAGCGACUGAUCGUUCUUCACCGAUGGACGGCAUAUUUGUGCACCGCGCUUGCUAUCAUCCAUGCUGUUCCAUACUGGUAUCAGUCGGUGUCGGACCCUGAAGGCUAUGCGACGUUUAAACUCUAUUUCCACCAGCGUUACUAUAUCUUUACCACCGGUAUUGCAGCGAUCGUGCCCUUGUUGUUCCUUACACUCCAUUCACUUCCCAUCCUUAGGGCCAAGCUGUAUGAACUGUUUGUCAUACUCCACAUCCCCGUCGCUUGGGCUUUUAUUGGUCUCAUGUUCUGGCAUUGUCACAACUAUCUAACCUCCUGGGUAUAUCUUUACUCGACUGUGGUCAUCAUGGCAGUUUCACUUUUUGCUCGUCUCUUUUUCUUGAACUGGAUGAAUCCCUUGCGAUCCUCCUGGCUGAUUGGCGAAGAGUCCGCCGUGACCAUCUUGCCAGAAAACGCCGUCAAAGUCACCAUCCCGACGCAGAAGAGAUGGCGUCCGGGCCAGUAUGUGUAUCUGAGGAUGCCUGGUAUUUCGGUACUGGAGAACCAUCCAUUCACGAUUGCCUCUUUGUGCAGUGAGGACUUCCCUUCAGAAUACGGCGAGCAAUACCGAGACAUGACCUUGGUGUUCAGACCCUUUGGCGGAUUUACCCGCAAGGUGCGCGACACGUCGAUCAAGAAAGGCCCUUACAAGACAUACCGAGCAUUUGUCGAAGGGCCGUACGGAGGCAUGCAACGUCAGAUAGCAUCGUUCGAUCAAGUUGUCUUUUUCGCGGGAGGCAGCGGCAUCACUGCCAUUGCUAGUCAACUGCUUGACCUCAUCAAGCGCAUGCGUGAUGGAAAAGCCACCACUUCCAAGGUUCACGUCAUCUGGGCUAUGAAGCGCCCAGACAUCAUGGAUUGGUUCAAGGAAGAACUACGGAUAUGCAGAGAAUGCGCUCCCCCUGGGUCAGUGCAGUGCCACUUCUUCAUUACCGCAUCGAGACGGCCAACAGCCCCUAUACCGCUCGAAGGCGGAACGAAAGAACACCGCCUCAGCGGCCUUCGCGACAAAAUCAGUGGGGCCAUCCAUGACGUGGCCGCUUCGAGUAACCGCAACUCGAGGCUUGUUGCGGAACAAGACGCACGGGCAGACCUCGAACUCAAACGUGAAGUCGAAGACAACAUCACCGCCCUGCCACAAGCGUACCUGGCACCUCCUCGCCAUGCUCAGCCUCUACAGGACAAUGGUGCAGGCGCAGGCCCAUCAAAUCAGAGUCAGAGUCAGACUCAAACUUACUACCCGCCUCCACCGCCCAAAGACCAUCGCAUGUCGACGCUAUCCCAAGCCCAAGUCGAUGCCACGCGCGCCUUCGACUUUGGAUUUCCGCAAACGCCGACCAAGUUCCAGAAGAACCUGAUGCGAUUUGCCUUUCUCCCCACCAAUGCCACCGCCCAACGUCGGGAUGGAUGGCGGACGGAAUACGGUCGGCCGGACAUUCCAUACAUGCUGAAAGGCCUGAGCAAGGAAUUUGGCCGUCGAACUUGUGUCUAUGUCUGCGGACCGCCGGAGAUGAGGACCGACGUGGCCAAUACGGUGGCACGGCUGCAGAGCGACGUGUGGCGGGAUAGUGGGAAGGAUGAAAUCUUUCUGCAUGCCGAGAAUUAUGCCAUUUGA